CCCUCACCAUGACUGCCGCUGCUGGCUCUCCUCCUUGUCUUAAAGUCGCCGUCGAGGAGUGGGCGCCCUUCGUGAUGCUUAUAGACCGUUACUCCAAGCCCCCCAAAUUGAACGGAACCCUCAUUUCUGUCCUGGACAUUAUUGCUCAGAAACUAAACUUCUGCUAUGAGAUUGUGGUGCCUAGGGAAGGUUACUGGGGGGCACAGCUCAGCAACGGCUCCUGGACGGGCAUCAUGGGGAUGGUGGUCCGCAAGGAGAUAGCCAUGUCGGGUACAGUGUUGACCAUAGGUGAAGCGCGAGCUAAGGCUGUUGACUUCAGUGUGCCGCUCUACACUGACCAACUGUCUAUCCUCUACAAACUGCCCAGCAUCGAGGCAGACCUAACCGGGUUCGUUAAGCCUUACACCCUCUCGUCCUGGCUGUUGUUCCUGGCGACAAUGGUGGUGGUGUUCAUCAUGACUUUCUUUGUUCAAUGGAGUCGAGCUCGCCCCCUGCCUCGUCCAUCAUUUGAUGGUGGUAGCGAGAUUGAUGAUGAUGGCGGCAGAACGUCUAUACGAACAGUGAGAAAGCCGCUAGAAGCCGAGAGGAGCGUCCGGGCCAGCCUGUGGACUUCUUGCCUGGGGACGCUGACUGCUCUUCUAGCGCAGUCAUCAUCCUGGUUGCCGCGCGGUGACUCCCUGCGCAUCAUCGCUGGGACGUGGUUGUUGAUGGCCUUCAUCCUGGGGUCUGUAUACCGCUCCAACCUGAAGGCCAUGUUGAUCCUGCCCAAGCUGCGCCUCCCCUUCAACAGCCUGGAGGAGUUGGUCCAGACAGACAUUCCCUGUAUUGUCUUAAAUGGCUCCUUGGUUCACAGCUACAUGAUGCUGGCACCGGAAGGAAAUGUGUUGCACAAGCUGCGCCAGCAGGCGGUGGUGCCCAAAGAUUUCGUGGCCCUAGCCCCUGAUGUCCCACGAGGGAAGUUCGCGUUCCUGGCCAGCGAGAAGGGCCUCUUGUACUUAAUACAUGCUCACUUUGCACUGUCCAGAAAAUGCCCGAUGUAUAUGGCGUCUGAGCCCUUCCUGGCCGCCACCAGCCUCAGCUUUGCCUUCCCAUUUAACUCGUCUCUCAAGCGGCAGGUCGACCCAAUCAUUCAGCGGCUUAAGGAAUCCGGCAUCUUGGAUUAUCUGCACUUCACGGGUAUUAGAAAUGUGGAGAUCUGUUUCAAUAGCAAGUCCUUCGGCAGCUCCACCAACACUCAACGCAGCUUCAAUCUCAGGGACUUCUACGGUGUCUUUUGUGUGUAUGCUGGCGGAAUGUUGGUAGGGCUGGUCUCCUUCCUUUUGGAGCUGGUGUACUCCCCACGUGCUGGAUCACCUGAUACACUUCCUGGUCAUCAUGUUGCUCACACAACUUAAGGCUCAAGUGAAACUCAAGAACCUGCCUCUUAAAACUAGUUACUAUUGCCGUUUCUAAAUUAAAAAGCUGUUGAUCUAAGAAAAUAUUGCAUGUAGUCUCCCUCACGGUCACUGAUUACAAGAUGGUCUCCGAGUCUUCUCUUAAUUCCUUGAGGUUAGUGCUUCAAUAAUUAUGCUCCUGACACAGUUAAUGUAAUUAUCAAGUAUCCUAUUGGAACCUUUAAUCACUACAGCACUCUACCCUUAAAGGUUAAUCACUUCACACGUGGAACUAUUAUCACAUGAUCUGUUUGCUUAGUGUUGAAAAACUAGGAUGCUCUUUCAAAUGAAGUUGUAAACACCAGGUAGAAUUCCUCACCUAAAUCAGGUCAGAUAUGAUUUUUCUUUUUAGUGCCAGAAGGAAGCUAACAGUGGCUGAAGACAAUAACAUCAUCUCAGGUGGACAAGCUACCGGUCUUUCUCUAUAGUUAUUACGUGUAAGGUUGCUUCCAGGCUCUGUGCAGUAUCCCCCAAACAAACAUACUUAUUUGAUAGUCUUCUGGCUCAAGUUCCUCUCCACUGGUUGAAUAGCUCUGCCGAUAGAUUAUUAUAUCCUUGUGCAGGUUAUUCAAUUGGUGGACAUUUGUUAGUUUAAGAGGAAUCACUUUUAAUGUGAUAAUUAUCUUGAGAUGAGACCCACAGAUGUGUUAAGUGUCAAGAAGAUCCAUUAGGUUUUCAGUGUUUUAGAUUGUUAAGGAGACCACUGUAGGAUCUUUACUCCGUGAUAAUAUUACAGGUGAUCUCAUCAAUGGAUGUUAACCACUAUCUAUUCUACAGGAUUAUUUAGGUAUACAGUAAAUUGCCUAAUGAAAGUCAGGCACUUGUAGAUGGCAUUACCUUGAUGGGUGGCACACUAUGGCGACACACUUCAUCUGGCUGAGGAAACUGUCAGAGAGGAACCCUGGCCAACUCUCCCUCCUAUGGCUCGCCUACACUCCCCUUCUAUCCUAAAUCUGGAAAUACUGUCUAUAGUUAAUCAGAAGCAUGUAGUUACGGUGUUCAUGAUUGCAUUUACUAUUCAGGCAUUUGAAUAAUUUUCGAAAGUCAUAAAUGUUAUUCUGUGAAGGUAGUUUAGGCCAGACUCUUUAUAUGAUUGGAUUAAAUUUAAUUGGCACAUUAAAUUUAUGACUUUCUGGCUGUUAUUCAGUUUUCCAACAGCAUUACACCCUCAAUGUCUUAUGGAAUUCAUGUUAGAAUAAAAAGCAAAAUCUUU